AUGUUGCGAAGUGCACGAUAUGUUUUGGAAACACUGAAAGAGCAUAACGUACUCGAGGACUUGAAAGUGCUCUAUCCAAAUUACGGUAUUACUAUUUGUGGACACUCUCUGGGUGCUGGAGUUGCUACACUUCUUGCACUGUUACUGAAACAAUCGUACGAAACAAUUCGAUGUUACGCGUUCUCACCGCCUGGUUGUGUGAUUAGCGAGAGUGGAUUGCCUGAAACCGAGAAUAUGGUGUUUAGUGUGAUCGUUGGAGACGAUUUAGUUCCACGGCUCUCUUAUGAAGUAUUCUUUCAUUUAAUCAUAUUGAUUUAG